AUGUCAAACCCGGACUUGGAGCCUGCGACGGUUCUCUGGUUAGCUGUAGAAUUUACAACCAGAGGAGAUUUAAGACUUCUGCGAGCUCUUGUAUCGCGAUAUCGAAAUGUUCUACGGAAUGAGCUUCUCUUGCGCAUACUUCUCACCCAUCUACCAGAAUGUUUGGAAGCUUCCAAAUAUGUGCCAUUUCUACAGGAUCUCGUAUCAGGAAAACCGAUUGAUAAUUCUCAAGAUCCCAUUGAUUUGAGCGCAAUGAAGGGUAUAAACCCCGCAGAAGUAAAUAAGAAAGCCCGGAAACUACGACUUCUGCCUCUACGAUGGAAAGAUGCGCCGUUGGAUGUCCCCGAUGACCACUUGAUUUUGUUCUUGAUGCAAAGAGCAUUACUAGUUGACGAAAACACUGGCCUACUCAGUGAAGUCCUGAAAUUACUGACUCCAUUCUUAAGCUAUUCAUCAUAUCUACGGACCUGGACAAUUUCUACCGUUUUACCCCUCCUACGUCUCAAUUACGAAUACUACUCUGGUGCUCAGCCAAUCCUCACCAUUCGCGAGUUUCAAGCUUUAGACGAUAGCAAAGGAACAAAGUAUUUGCUCUCAAAGACCGGAAAGGAUUCAGCUACAUUGACGGAGGAGAAUAAGCCCGUGGGACGGGACUUGCGUGGAUUGACUGGUCCAUGGCUUUAUGGUGACAAUAGGUGGAAGAGAAGAAAAGUUCAAGAUGAAACUACAGCGCAGUCUCAAGCAGCAGUAUCAUUGGAACAAGCAGGCAUGAUAAAUCAUAAAUAUGCUGGUUGGGAAAUGGUAUUUGCAUGGAUUAUCGCUGAAGCAGGUAUAUCUUGGCCAACGGCUGUCAAGGCUGUUGAACAAUGGGAUGGACCGGGAGACGUAGAUCUAGGAGGUUUUGAUGAUGGAACGGAAUGGUUGGACGAAGAAGAUCAACGCCACUUAGAACAACGAUACGCAAAAGCGGCUCUUGCGACAGCUUACCUUAUCCCUGAAAGCUCCAUUGAGGCUUUGACGGGUGUUCAUCGAAUCCUUUCCAGGAUUCUCACAUUACUUGAAAUGGAUAAGAUGCCUACAUUAGAAGCAGCUGCUAACCUAUUAACUCCUAUACCUAUCCUGGAAAAAAGUCGUUUAUCCAUCAGAAACGCAAAAUUUCUUCGGAAUAACCAUUUAGAAGAGAAAAAUGCUUUGACAAAUCCAAAUGAACCAUCCAUCCAUUUACUACUGGCAUUACUUAUUAGUGCAUAUCUUCUUACUAGGGUCGGGGAGGGAUGCAAUGUUCAGAGAGCUGGAGAGCUUGCUUUACUUCAAGAUGAACGCGAGCAAAUGAUGACUUUCAGGGGAUUCCUCACCUCGUUUAGUCACCCUCCCAGUACAGAUGAUCGAUUUUGGAUCAGGAUGAGAAAUGAAUUGCUAUGGCUAAGGGAUUGGGGAGCCGGAGAGCUUGAGGAUACCACCGAUCCCAGUCGUGGUAGGGGUGUUUUCGGUCGGAUUCACAAAGAGCUCAUCGAGGUAGAAUUCUUCAAGCUUCUUCUUGUCAAUAGCCGAUAUACACUCGCCAAAUCUAUUUAUGAGACUUCGCCAGAGAAACCUCUACCAAGAGAAUAUUUGCAACAUGCCAUCUUGACCGCGGCUGAGAAUGCCUAUGAUAAUGCCACAAAUCCUAACAAGUCUAGGGGCGGCGUUAAGAAAUGUGAGGAGAUUCUUAAUGCAUUUCCCGAUACAUUAAGCGACCACCACCAAACUCAAGAACUGCACAAUCUUGUUCUCGUUACGGACGAGAUAGGUCGAUACAGCUUGGUUCUGAAACAAGGACAACCUUUCCUACCAGUCAAUCUACGUGUAAAUAGUGACCCCCUGUCAAUCUUGAACAAGAUACUCGAACAGAACGACAAGAGCUAUACCCAAAUCAACGAGUUUAUUCGGAUGGCUCGAGAAAUGGUUAAGGCAGGUUUAACCAUACCAGUUCCAGUUGGAUACCCUGUAACUCCUGAUUUGAAAUUCAAAAUUGCCGAAAAGCGUGUGAUCAGUAUGUGUAUUGAUAUUGCUCUUGCGGAAGAUGAUUUCGAAACAGCUUAUUCUUAUGUUGUUACCCGUCUUAAGGCUAUUGGUCGUCAAGCCCAUACUCGCAUGCCAGAACUUGAGCGGAACAAUACGGGAUGCGUUGGUCAACGUCCACCUAAGCCUAUUGAUGAUUGGUCAUGGCGUGCAGCUUUACAAGCAGGUAAAUAUCGUCGAAACGCUCAAACGACACGAGCCACUCAUCUUGGCAAUACUAGUGGAAAUCCAGAGAUUAGACAUCUGCAACAGAGAAUGGAUUGCUUGGCCCAAGCUCUACGAAUGGCCCCAAGGGAUACUUUACAGGAGGUCUUGAAUGCAUAUCGCAGAUGUGAGGAAGAGCUCGAUACACAGAUCAAGCAAGAAGCAGAGCAGGAAGAAGCUUGGGAUGAGAAAGCCGAUGACAAAAGCAUGCCAGGUGGUUAUGCACCUACUCCUGCCAGACAAUAUUCCAAUGCUAGAACUCCUCGAAGGAACAAGAAUGAAGAGGCUCCUGUAUCCUUUUUCGAUCUCUCAAAAGAAAGUAUUACCCGUGCACAAACUGGUUUAUCUGCUUUAUCAAUGUUCAGGGGUCAAUCAAAGCGUUCUGAACCAAAGAACGACAACAUGCCCGCCCAGGCAGAAGCCCCAGCUGCAGUUCUCAAUGAAACUUCGAGUGGAAGAACAUCGAUUAGGAAGAGGGAUCAACUUCGAAAUGCUGCAGUUGGUACUUUAGCCGGAGGCAUUGGUUGGUUGAUCAAUGCGCCAUCAAUUAACACCAGUGCUGGAUCCUCUGAACGUGGAAACGGACAUUCAAGAAACUCUAGUGCAGGUACUAAUAGAAGUCACGAGGUUCCUCAGGUGAAAGAGGAUAAGCAGGACAAUGAUGAAAUUUCUUGGGAUGACGAUGACGCAUGGUAA